CCCAGCCCACCAUUCCUCUCACACCGCACAUCCGUCAGUCCGUCGCUCCACCCUUCCGCCGCCGUCGCCUCCUCCUCCUCCCCUGCUCUCCUCGGGCUCGGACCAGAGCGCGCUAGGGCCCACUCGGCGAGGGAGCAGCGGCCUUCCCCAUCCCUUCUUCCCCUCCGGAGAGAGUGGCGCCGCCACCAGGAGACCACGACCCCGAGGCCGGCCAUGGCGACUAGUUCCGGCAGCCGGUAAACCUGGGGUCGGGUCGGGACGAUGACAAGCAUCUCAGGGGAAUGGAUUGGUGACGCUGUUGUUUGAACGGUAGGCGUGGAGCUCUGUUGCGCGUGCAAUUGGAAUAUCAAGCAAGGCGGUACUUGUAACUUUGAGUUCUCGUGGCGAUGGAUGGUGCUACCUCUAGCAAGAGACGAGUAGAAGCCCCGGGACAGGAGGAGAGCAGCUGCAAGAGGCAGAAUGUCACCAUGGGGAUGGACGCCCUCGACUGCCCCGUCUGCUUUCAUCCCCUCCGACCUCCGAUAUACCAGUGUUCUGUGGGGCAUUUCAUAUGCUCUUCUUGCCGUCCCAAGCUCGUGCGCAACAAUUGUCACUUAUGCUCUGCUGAAACUACCUUCAAGCGCUGUUUAGGGAUGGAACGUCUCAUGGAAUCAGUCAUGGUCCCUUGCUCCAAUGCAAAAUAUGGAUGCGCAGAGAAGCUCACCUACUACCAGGAAGAAGAGCACGAGAAGGCAUGCCCGAGCGCCCCAUGUUUCUGCCCGGCGUCCAGCUGCAGCUUUGCAGGGCCAACAGACGCCCUCCUUGAACAUUUCGCCUCCCAGCACAAGUGGCCGUGUACAACCAUCAAAUACUCCGAAGAUGUUAACUUCAGCCUAGAACCAGGUCUACAUUUUCUUCGUAUCAAAGACAGGGAAAUUUUCCUGCUCAACGUGGCACUAGAGGCAUUCGGGCAUGCCAUCUCUGUCGUCUGCAUCCAACCUAAAGCUACAAACUCCAAGUUCAAGUGUAGGAUGUCCUAUGGUUCCUUUUUGACAGACUAUUAUCAGAUAUCAGUUUACAAGAUACGAAGCUCAUCGUUGUCUGAUGGGCUACCGAAGGGAUACAACUUAAUUCUGCCUAAAGAUGAGAUAGCUGAUGAUGGAAAGGGUACCUUGCUUACGUUCUCCAUUGAUGAUCCUAAUCCUAAAGUAAAGGCGCGUGAGCCCAUAUGUCUGAAACCAAUACGCGGUGUAUGAUUGAUGUGGUAAGGUUCAGCGUGGACGUUCGCGGCCUUCAUUGUUUGGUUUUCAUGACUUGUACUCCCUCCGUUCCUAAAUAUAAGUCUUUUUAGAGAUUCCAAUUGGGACUACAUAAGGAGCAAAAUGAGUGAAUGUACACUCUAAAAUAUGUCUAUAUAGAUCUGUAUGUAGUUCUUAUUGAAAUCUCUAAAACGACUUAUAUUUAGGAACAAAGGAAGUGUAUAUGCUAAGAGGCUUUAUGAUCUCAGACUCUGCUUCGUAGUUGUUUCGAUGAAGUGCACUCUGUUUAGGUUUUCCAGUUCAUGUAAGGAAUGUUUUACUGAUUUGGGGGCGCUAGA